AUGGGUAUUCCAGUUUUAGACUUAGAAGGCAUAGACAAGGACAGAACUCAACAUUCCAAGGUAGCUGAGAGAGUUAGGGAUGCUUGUGCCAAAUGGGGUUUCUUUCAAGUGGUCAACCAUGGAAUCCAAGCUAGUGUUUUGGAGGAAAUGAUUGAUGGGGUGCGUAAAUUUCUUGAGCAAGAUAGUGAAGCUUGUGAAAUACUAGAUCUCAGUUCAAUGCUUAAGAUGGAACAAUUUGCUACUUGGUCGACAGUCUCAGCUCCUCGUGACAAGCAAGAAGAGAUAAAUUUUGAUGCAAGUCAGUAUGAGUUUUUCGGAAAAAACGUAGCUGAGCUUGAUUUGGAAGAGUUGGAUGAAAGCACGGAUGAUGCUCCUGCUGAUGCAGCCGGAACUGAAUUGAACAGGAUAAGCAGACCAAGAAGACUAGGAGAUGCUACUGAAAGAGUUUCUGCUCCUAUGGAAACAAAAUUCGUUAUAGCACCACCAAAACAUAGCCGACAGACCGGAACUGUGAAAUGGUUUAGUAACCGAAGGGGCUAUGGCUUUAUAGCACCAAGUGGUGGUGGAAAAGAUGUAUUUGUUCAUUGUUCAUCUCUUAAAUCAGAUGGCUGCAUACAUCUAAAGCCUAACGCUUUCGUCGAGUACGAAAUCAUCGGAGGCCCUGAAGGAAAAACACAGGCAAUUAAUGUAACUGCUCCUGGAGGAAGACUGCUUCAAGACAGCAGAAAACUUGGUCCUGGACAGGCAAGCAUCGGUGGAAGCAGCACCAGCAACAACAGAUCCUUAAGUUUCUUUAGCUCCAAUACUAUCAGUUUCAUUAAUCAUCCAAGACCUCAGAUAAAUGGUUCCUGGAAUUUGCAAUUUCGUGUUGCGCUGGCCAAAGCCGGCAACUAA